AUGACAAGCACAAGCACCACUACAGACACAAGCACAAGCAAUGACACAGACUCUUCGGACUUGACGAGCGCCAUCUGCGAUCUGUCGCCCGUCCCCACGCUCAUCGUAGCGCCGAAUUACCGCAUCCAGCGGGUGUCCAAGGGUGUCGUCGAUGCGUGGCAUCGUGGCCGGGACGACUUCCUCGGCAAGGAUCUCUUUGGCGCUCUGUACGGAGGCUCGCCGCUGGAGCGCUUCGAUCGCAUCCCGCUGGCCCGCGCCAUCGACGUCGCUGUUACUGCCCGCAACUUUCGCCUGUGCCAUGCUGCCUAUACUUCCCCCCAAGGCGUCUCGUAUUCAGCGCGCAUCAUCCCCAUCUUCCGCAGGGACGAGAUGCUAUCGCUGGUGCUGGAGUGGGACGAGAUCGAGCCCAAGACGCCUGACAUUCGCGGCGAGGUGAUUCAGCACGCGCUGUCCGUCGACGAGGUCUUCCGGCUGCUCAUCCAGGCCGUCAAGGAUUAUGCCAUCUUCCUGCUUGACACACGCGGCUAUGUGGCCACCUGGAAUACCGGCGCCGAGUUGCUCAAGGGCUACAAGAAGGAGGACAUCGUCGGGCGGCACUUUUCGACCUUCUACGGCCAAGAAGAUCUCGCGGAUGGAAAACCCGAAGCAGAGCUUAUCACAUGCUUGCGCGAGGGCAGGGUGCAAGAUGAGGGCUGGCGCUAUCGCCAGGAUGGGAGCCGGUUCUGGGCCAACGUUACCAUCACGGCCAUCUAUAGGAACGGCGUGCAUGUUGGCUUCGGCAAGGUGACGCGCGACCUAACCGAGCGCAGAGAAGCCGAGCUGAGACUCAUCGCCGCAUACGAAGAGAGCGCCAAGCUGAAGAACGACUUUCUGGCCAACAUGAGUCACGAGAUCAGAACCCCAAUGCACGGCAUGCUCUCGGCCUGUACUCUUCUCCUGGACACAAACCUAACGGAAGAUCAGCGCGAUACGGCCAACAUCAUUUCCGAGUCGGGCCAGGUUCUGCUGCAAGUCAUCAACGGUAUUCUCGACUACUCCAAGCUUGCCUCGGGCAACUUCUCUGUCAACACGGACCUAGUUGGUGUCGUAAGCAUACUCACAUCUGUCGUGCGCAAUGUGCAGAUGACGCUGCUGCCGGGCGUCUACAUAAAACUUGUCCUGUCGCCGGAACUGCCCAGAUCCGCACAGGGAGACCCUCUUCGCUUCCGUCAGAUUUUCCAGAACAUCAUCGACAAUGCCGUCAAAUUCACGGAGAAGGGCUCGGUGCAGGUCGCCGCUUCGGUCUCAGCCGAAGACGCCACCUCUUAUACGAUUCUCACAGAAGUCACCGAUAGUGGCAUAGGCGUGGCCGAGGCAGAUGUUCAAAAUUUAUUCAAACCAUUCACCCAGCUCGAAAAGCCCACCAAGAAAAGAUAUCAGGGAACAGGCCUUGGGCUGUCAAUAGCCAAGUCUCUGGCUGAGUUGUUGGGUGGCCAGAUGGGCUACAGGCCUAAGCCCGAACGUAACGGCAGCAUUUUCUGGUUUACGGUCAAGCUGAAGAAGAUUGCCAAUCUCGACCCAACUGAAGCUCUGGGGUUCCAACAGAAACAACAGACUGAAAAGAAUCAGCAGGAAGCGGAGAAGGAAAGAAUGCUGAAACGUCUCAAGGAGGUGGCGCCACAAAAGCGAAUCCUUGCAGCUGAAGAUAACGCAGUAAAUCAGAAGGUGCUGUCUCGUGUUUUGAACUCUCUUGGCUUUCGGAAUACUACCAUCGUUUCCAAUGGAGCAGAGGCCGUCGAGACAUUGGGCGCUUCACCAAACGCAUAUGACCUGGUCCUUAUGGACAUCAGUAUGCCGGUUAUGGAUGGCUUUGAGGCGACUCAUAAAAUCCGGACCUUGAAAAGAUAUAUCCCAAUCAUUGCCAUGACGGCAUAUGCCCUUAGAGGAGACAGUGAAACCUGCCUAGAAAAGGGGAUGGAUGAUUAUAUCUCCAAACCAGUCAACAUGAACAAGCUAUUACAAAAGCUUCUUAUAUGGUUAGACUCGCCCGAGUGGUCUAAUAGUUCGACAAACGGGCCACCUUAA